AUGUCGACGCAGGCGUAUUACAAGGAGCGUCUUGGGUUUGACCCCCAAGAGGCCAUGCAGGAUGGGGUCAAUGGCGGUUUCUACGAUGGCCCCCAUCAGCCUAAGCGCCAUAGAGGUGAUCAUGGGGGCGAGACCCACGAUCACGUGUAUGAGGAGAAUUUGACCAAAUUCAAAGGUACAACUUGUUGGGAUUUCUUUAUACAACAAUCAGGUUCGUGGUGA